CGCUCUGAGCCAAACCUUCUUGCACAGUACCAGCUCAGCUGCGUGAGCCAUCAGUGCACCUGUGGAUGCAGUGCAGGCACAGCCCUCUGACACAGUCAGAAGCAAACAGUGGGAAUACAGCAUGCAGAAAUACCUCAUCUGCAAUGGUGUGUCUCGUGCAGUCUGACAGCUGCACGGGGAUCAUACGCUCGGUGAAGAAUGGCUUCAAACACAAACACCAGCCUCCAGAAACCAGCGGCGUUCACAGAAGGGACUCCACAAUGAGAUUUGCAAUUCCUAUUAAAGUAGCUUAAAUAGCUCUGAAAUCAUGGCCAGCUCUCAUGACACUCAAAUGGAGACCUGCAGUUUUCUCUCUUCCCCCAGACCCUGCGGUCCUCCGCAUCCCUGGGUUAACACAUCCAUGAUCUACAACCUGCCUGAACAACUCCUGCAUGUUUAACUACAACUCCUCCAAUGAACUCAGCGUGAGAAGGAAGAAAUUACAUUUUCUCCUUGGUCACUCAGCAUUUGUUUAUCCGCCAGUAUAAAGCCACCCCUGACAUUUUCUGGAGGCUUCCUGUUCUCUGGCAGGGCAAUAAACAUUAUUAGCAAAGGCAGCAGGGAGGUGAGGUCCUGGGGAGCACAGCAGAGCUUUAUGGUAUGUUUGCAAAAGGCGGCCAAAAAGAUUACAUCAGUAUGUGCAGAAAUCCAGCUGCAGCAUCAGGACUGUGCGUGGCUGUGGCUUAUGGUGCUCUGAAACCCACCAUGAAAAACUGCUGUGAUGUAUAGCAAGGGUAACUUUGGAAAUAAUCUUUCCUGGUGGGUUUUAAAAUACCGUAGUUCUCAUUGUAACGUUUGGAGUUCGUGGGCAUUGAGGGCCUGCUGAGGGCUGCUGCUUUGGUUCUGCAGCUGUGUGUGAGAGGGGCUGGGAGGGGUUGGAUCCAGGGGGCUCAGCAUGCCCUUGGCCACACAGCAGCUCCUGCCUCAUGUUUCCAGCUUUGCUCUCUGCUGAGAUGCUCUCCUCAUCUGGAGGCUGUGUGCCUUGGCAGUGCCAUUUCUCCAUCUGAUCCUUAUCAUCUCUCGGCUGCUGGAUUUCAGGGCAGUGAGGGUGCAUUCUUGCUUUGCAGCUGAAUAACAGAACACCUGGCCUGAGUCACAAAUAUGUGCUGCCUGAUGUGCCUGUGCUGCUGGCAUUGGGUGCCACAGCCAGGUGCCUGCAGCCAGCUUUGCAUGGCUCUGAUCGCUGGAACUGCUCCCUGUGCCUGAGGGCAGGAGCAGCAGAGAAGGCCCUCACAAGUGCAAGAGGAGAGAGAAUCCUGACCUGGUGCAGAACCUCUCCUUAACCCCAGCAUGGGAGAAGGCUGGUGAGAUUGCCAACGUGAUGAAUGGAGGGCAUCUCACGGGUUGUGUACAUUUCUGUUGGGGCUGUGUGGGAGCUAUUGGCUAAAAUGUGCCCACAGUGCCAAAAAAAACUCUUGUUUCUUUGGCUGCUUGUGGCAUUGGCCAACUGUAAACACGGAGUGCAGUAACACAUCUGCUUCCUUGGCCAGCAGGCGGAUCCCGCAGGGCAGGGCAGCAGCAGGAUGGCUCGCCCGCAUCAGGGGCAGCUCGGGAAUGUUGUUUCGGAACGGGCUGAAGCAGUGUCAAUAUUUGCUAGGCACGAUCCCACCGUGUGAGCAACAGGCACGGAAUGUGGUAAUAAAAGAUAAAUAUUCUGAAGAAGUAACAAAUGUUGUGGAGGAGAAAACAAGGACAAAAUGGACUCGUGGCAUCGCCAAGGGUCCACAGCAAUCGGUAUUUUAUUUACACGGCCUCGUGGAGCAUAAGUCGGUUAUCUGCAACGCAGGGGGUUUUCACUGCGCCACGGAGCGCUGCUCCAGGCAGUGAGGGCUGGCCGUCCUUCACCCACGUGGAGCUGUGGGUGUGCGGACACCCAAGGCAGAGACGCACGCACGGCUCCGGCACGCGACCCGAGCCGCAGCUCCGUCGCGGUGCCGCGCCGUCCCGUGGGGGAUCCCCUGCUGGGGGCGGAGGAGCGCGCCGAGCUCGACGCUUUCCGGCGCCGGCCGCCGAGGAUUGCCGAAGCGGCGAGCGACGCGCAUGCGCGGUGUUGCCGGGCCCGGUGAUGGCGGCGGCGGCGGGCGGCGCGGGCACGGCCGGGGCGGAGGACGGGGCCGCGGGCCCGGGGCGGGACGGGGCCGAGACGGGUGCGCCGGGCCCUGGCGGGGCCGAGGCGGCGCCGCCGCCGCUACCCGGGCUGCAGCUGGUGCAGCAGGGCGCCGAGGCGCGCGUCUACCGGGGCAGUUUCCUGGGGCGGGCGGCCGUGGCCAAGCUCCGCGUCCCCAAGCGCUACCGGCACCCGGCGCUGGAGGAGCGGCUCGGCCGGCGGCGCACGGCGCAGGAGGCGCGAUCCCUGCUGCGCUGCCGGCGGGCAGGGAUCCCGGCUCCCGUGGUCUACUUCGUGGAUUAUGCGUCCAACUGCAUCUACCUGGAAGAUAUCGUUGGCGCGAUCGCUGUUCAGGAUCACAUCUACUCCGUGCAGCGGAGCGGCAGCGAUGCCGGCAGCCUGCUCGGCUUGGCAGAGAAGAUGGGCCAGCUGCUGGCCAGGAUGCACGACGAGGACCUCAUCCACGGGGACCUCACGACGUCCAACGUGCUGCUGCGGCCGCCCGCGGAGCAGCUGGACUUGGUGCUGAUCGACUUUGGGCUCAGCUUUGUUUCGGCUCUUCCUGAGGAUAAGGGAGUCGAUCUGUAUGUGCUGGAAAAAGCCUUCCUUAGCACCCAUCCCGAUACAGAAACUGUGUUCCAGGCUCUGCUGCAGAGCUAUGCGGCCGCAUCUAAGAAAUCCGGCCCAGUGAUCAAACGGCUGGAUGAGGUGCGGCUCAGGGGGAGGAAGAGGUCCAUGAUUGGGUGACAGCAGGCAGCGAUGGGGAAAUGCUCCUGCUUGGUUCUGCCUGGGAGGUUAUUUAUACUUCCAGCUCCUUUUAUUGCACAGAUUACUAUUUUGAUAAUAGUGUCUCAUAUGAAAUAAAUUGGAUUGGAUUUCUAA